AUGGUCCUCCUCCAGCUCACCUCCGCACUCCACAGCGCCUCGAAGCGCUCGCCCGGCGCGUCCCCCUCGAGCGGAGGCCCCGCUCUCGACUUGGGCCAAGACGCGCCGUGGGCCUCGUCCUCGGACGCCAAGAAGGGCAGCGCAGCACUCACGCCCCGCACCGCCUCCACGUCCCCCUCUUCUUCCCCGCCCCCUCCUCCCCCCCCCCCCCCUCCCGCCCCUCGUCCACCGCGCCCCGCCGCCCCGCCGCCCACCCGCACGGGCCUCGCCGCGCUCCGCCGCGCUCAACAAGCCCUGAGCGCCAAGCCGGCGCCGCCCAUCGGCUCGUCGGCCAACCCGCUCGUGCUCGACUCGUCGUCGUCGUCAGGCGACGAGUCGGACGUGCAGGUCGUGCACGAGCGGCCGGCUGGGGCGGGACAGGCGGGUGAGGCGGGUAAGGGGAGGCGGGCGGCGUCAGGUGCGGCGGCGAGUGCGGCGGCGGGAGGAGGGCGAGCAGGAGGAGGAGGAGGAGCGGGCGGCAGCGGCUCGGCGGCCAAGAAGGCGCUCGCGAGCACCGGGCUGCGCGGUGCGCCGAGCAAGCGCGCGCUGCAGGAGCAGGAGAGCGCGCGCAAGGCGCUCGAGGUGCGCGCCAAGAAGGGGCUCCUCACCGAGGACGAGAAGGUGCGGUACGCGACGAUGCAGGCCCUGCAGGCGAGCGGCAAGGCCAAGGGCGGCGACGAGGCGUGCGUCGUGAGCUGACGGUCGGCGGCGCGGUCGAGCGAGGGCAGGACGUCGGGGAGCGC